CGGUGUUAAUUAUGAAUUCGCCUGCGCUAGAGUUCGUUAAUUUCAACGCAUAAACUUAGUAGGUGUCGCUUGUUUUUCACGCUUUUCACUAGUAGUCCGCUUUCGAAGGGAAAAUCGCGUAAAUACACAUAUAACCGACAUGAACCGCUACGCGGUAAGCUCGCUGGUGGGCCAGGGCUCUUUCGGCUGCGUUUACAAGGCGCAGCGCAAGGAGGACAGCAAGGUGGUGGCCAUCAAAGUGAUCUCCAAGCGCGGUCGGUCCACGCGGGAGCUGAAGAACCUGCGACGCGAGUGCGACAUCCAGGCCCGGCUGAAGCAUCCGCAUGUGAUCGAAAUGAUAGAGUCCUUUGAGUCAAAGACCGACCUCUUUGUGGUCACCGAAUUCGCCCUGAUGGACUUGCACAGGUAUCUGUCAUACAAUGGCGCCAUGGGGGAGGAGCCGGCACGCAGGGUAACCGGGCAUCUGGUGUCGGCGCUCUACUACCUGCACUCCAACCGCAUCCUGCAUCGCGACCUUAAACCACAGAACGUGCUGCUGGACAAAAACAUGCACGCCAAGCUCUGUGACUUCGGGCUGGCGCGGAACAUGACCAUGGGCACCCAUGUCCUUACCUCGAUCAAGGGGACUCCGCUGUACAUGGCCCCGGAGCUGCUGGCGGAGCAGCCGUACGACCAUCACGCGGACAUGUGGUCCUUGGGCUGUAUUGCCUACGAGAGCAUGGCCGGACAGCCGCCGUUCUGCGCCAGCUCCAUCCUGCACCUGGUCAAGAUGAUCAAGCACGAGGACGUCAAGUGGCCGAGCACGCUGACCAGCGAGUGUCGCUCCUUUCUGCAGGGCCUGCUGGAGAAGGACCCUGGCAUGCGCAUCUCGUGGACUCAACUGCUGUGCCACCCGUUCGUCGAGGGCCGUAUCUUUAUUGCAGAGACGCAGGCAGAGGCGGCCAAGGAGUCGCCCUUCACCAAUCCAGAGGUGCCUCUAGACAAGCCCUCAUCGAAUCAGGAUGCUGGCGAUCUGGACGAGGCACUGGCCGCUCUGAACUUUGGCGAGGCGCCGCCGGAAACCCUAAGUACGUCGCGAGAUAGCAUCAAUGCCAUUGCGCCCAGCGAUGUGGAGCAUUUGGAGACGGAUGUAGAAGACAAUAUGCAUCGUGUAAUCGUUCCCUUUGCGGAUGUCUCGCUCAGAGAUCUAUCCGUGGUGCGGGGGACGCCACCAGUGGUGGUCCACCAGCCGCUGCUCAAUUCACACACCUGCUACGUCAGCGGCAACUCGAACAUGAUCCUGAAUCACAUGAACGACAACUUUGACUUCCAUGCCUCCCUGCGCGGCUCGGCGGCGCAACCGAAGAUCGUUCCAGCUGUGCGACAGUCACGCAGCAAGGAUCUAGAGAAGCGCAAGCUCAGCCAGAACCUGGACAACUUCUCGUUGCGCCUCGGGCACAACAACGCUGCAGAGGCUUCCACUCAGGAGAAACCCGCGCAGGAGAAGCUGUCACAGGAGAAGCUAACACAGGAAAAGAGUCAGGCACAGCCACAGCAACAGUCCCAAGCACUUCCCCAGCAACAGCCACUGAAACAUUCGAUGCAUUCCACCAACGAGGAGAAGCUAAGCAGCGACAAUACACCGCCUUGCCUGCUGCCAGGCUGGGACAGUUGCGACGAGUCCCAGAGUCCGCCCAUUGAGAACGAUGAAUGGCUGGCGUUCUUGAACCGCUCCAUUCAGGAGCUUUUGGAUGGAGAGCUUGACUCGCUUAAGCAGCACAAUCUAGUGAGCAUUAUCGUGGCCCCGCUGCGCAACUCCAAAGCCAUUCCCAGGGUGCUCAAGAGCGUGGCGCAACUGCUGUCACUGCCCUUUGUGCUCGUGGAUCCAGUGCUGCUAGUGGACCUCGAGCUGAUCCGCAACGUGUACGUAGACGUCAAGCUGGUACCCAAUCUUAUGUACGCCUGCAAGCUGCUGCUGUCGCACAGACAGCUUUCGGACUCUGCUGCCUCCGCACCGCUGACGGCGGGCUCGCUCAACCGGACGCUGCGCAGCAUUCCGGAGCUGACAAUCGAGGAGCUGGAGACUGCAUGCAGCCUGUAUGAGCUGGUUUGCCACCUGGUGCACCAGCAGCAGCAGUUCCUCAAUCAGUUCUGCGAUGCCGUGGCCAUCCUCUCAGCGAACGAUCUCUUCCUGAACUUCCUCACACACGACUUUCGGCAUUCUGACUCUGACUCGGCGUCCGUUCGUCUCGCCGGUUGCAUGCUAGCUCUGAUGGGCUGUGUGCUGCGCGAACUGCCAGAAAACGCCGAGCUGGUGGAGCGGAUUGUCUUCCAUCCGCGACUGCAUUUCGCCGAACUCCUGCAGAGCCGCCAUCACUUGUUGCGCCAGCGCUCCUGCCAACUCCUGCGACUGCUUGCGCGCUUUAGCCUGCGCGGGGUGCAGCGCAUCUGGAACGUUGAGCUACGGUUUGCACUGCAACAGCUCGCCGACAACCACUCCUAUCCGGCCCUUCGCGGAGAGGCGGCCCACACCCUCGACGAGAUCAGUCACUUUACAUUUUUCGUUACCUAGCCGGCACUGUCGUUUAUUGGCGUCAGGCGUUCCUAUCCGAACAGAUCCUGAAUGUUGCCCUGGAAGUAG